UGUGGGCGGCCUCUACGUGGGUCGGUUGAGGCAGGGAUGCCUAGCACCGGUGCUGCCGCUGUCCUCUGUGCUCAGCUGUACUGAACGCUCACAGGUGAGGACAAGCGAGGCUUCUGCAGACUCGGCGAGAGGAAGGGGUGGAGCGGGAUUCCAGGGCGGUACGUGGUCGCUCUGUGUUUGGGGCAACCCUGCGGUUGGCGCUGGAGCACCCUGCACCCUCGCUGGAAAGGAGUACCCAGGCGCUGACUGAGCAGGGACAGCUUUGUGAACACUGGGGGAAUCUUGCAGGCCUGGAAGGACUUCCAGCACUACUUGGUCCACCCCAGACUUACAGGAUUCGAUUGCUGGAACUGACAACUGCAACCUGUAUUUCUCUUCCACUAUGAGCAGACCGACACUGUUGCCCAGCUCUGUGCCUUUCUGUAGCGUUCUCUUCCUUACCUUAGCCACACAAUGUCUAGCUUUCCCAAAAGUGGAAAAGAGGGAGAUGGCACAUGCUUAUGCCCAGACAGAGCAGUUCUGGAAGAUGGACACAGGUGAUUGAGAAAAUUUCUCCUCUGCUCCAGAGCACAUGCCCCAGCAGACAUCUUCUGAAGCUCCUAUGGUACUGUCUGCGGGACCAUCUGUGAUGCCAUUAAAUAAAGUUUUUUCAAUCAACAAAGAACACCACCUCCUUGGAGCUGUACUUCUGAAUCCUAACGUCCCUGAUCUUCAGUCUUCCACUGAGCCAGCGGUCUCAGCCAGUGAACAAGGGCAUGGUCCCAGUCAGCUUGAAGGAAUGUCUUCUGAACAGAGACUUCCCAAGGCCUUGUCAAUCAUUGCUGUCUCUUCACCUCCUUCUCUUAAUCCUCACCAGGAGGGGCCCCAGAGCAGCUCUAGCACCCAGCCCAUUGUAGAAGGGAUCACAGUUGUAACACGUGACUUCCUGAAGUCUGUGGAUAAUCAGUUGUUUGCAACUGAAAGUCAGGAAGCAGUUAGCUUGGGACAUACACCUUCAUCUUAUAUAAAUACCAGAGAAAUGCUAGCUGCCAGUCCAAGAACAGAGAAAGCUGACACAGAUGCAGCCAAGAGGUCUACUGUCUUUCCUGGGGUCGAUUCCACAGCAGACACAGAGUAUGAUGGGGAGAGGCCCUCGGAGGAAUCAGAUGACAAUGUGCAGACCACUGCCACCACAUACUUGGAGACAAUCCCCGAGGAUGCUCUGAAUAUUGAUCCAUCAGCUGAGAGUCUUCUGGGGGACCUCAAGGUCACAGUGAGUGUCAGCACAGCUGUUCCGGUUUCUUCCGUCCCAAGUGAUGAGUGGGAUGACACCAAAUUUGAGAGUGUAAGUCAGGCAAGGACCACAGAUUUGGACCAUGCAGAGACUCGGGUGAGAACAGAGCCACCACAUGGAGCACAAGAGAGCUUUGAAGGGACUGAGGGGAGCCCCACUUCCACAGAGGAUAACAAGGUGGCACCCUUGGGGACAGCUCUGGUAAUUGCACUGGAGAAAGAGAGAUCACAAGUCUUUGCCCAUCAGAUUCCCUUUAGUCCCACGAGUCUGACAGAAGACCCUGAGGUUUCCACUGUGAAACUGUUACCAAGUGCUGGAGACAGGACCAUGAUUUUCUCAAAGACUGAAGUUUCUACCUCUCAAUACGAGUCUCAGACACAUCAGGGAGUAAAAGAUAUGUUAAAAGACAUCACACAGGAGAUGGCAAUGGCCACACAAGAACCAGACCCCACAUUACCCUUGGUGACACAAGAGCACGUUGAGGUCCCCAGAGGCAGUGGGGAGCCUGAAGAAGGCAUGCCAUCACCCUCUCCUGUGUCUGCUGAUGUGGGUGCCACCGAACUCUCCAGAAGAUGGGAGUCUCUGGCCACUCCAGCCUCCACAGCUGUUGUCCCUUUGUCUCUCGAAGUUACCUCUUCCAUGGAAGACCUAAUGGACACAAUCACUGGGCCAAACAAGGAAUUCAUACCAGUUUUGGGCUCUCCAGAGGCACCACCCCCUGCAAUGACUGUGGAAACUUCCACAAUUUCUCCAGCACUCCCAUCUGAGGGAAGAACUAUUUCACCCAUCAACCACCCAAAUACAGCUGCCUCGUAUGGACUGGAACAACUCGAAUCUGAAGAACUAGAAGAUGAGGAGGACGAGGAGGAUGAAGAAGAUGAAGAUGAAGAGGAGGAUGAGGAAGAAGAUGAGGAAGAUAAAGAAGCAGACUCCUUGUAUAAGGACUUCGACAGUGAUACCGAGCUGCCAGGGUUUACUCUCCCUGGAAUCACAUCCCAGGAACCAGAUGUAGAGGCAGGAAGCAUGGCCCUACUGGAGGUAGCAACCUAUCAGGUGCCAGAAACCAUGGAGUGGGAACAGCAGAAUCAAGGUCUGGUGAGAAGCUGGAUGGAAAAGCUAAAAGACAAGGCUGGCUAUAUGUCUGGAAUGCUGGUGCCUGUUGGGGUAGGGAUAGCUGGAGCCUUGUUCAUCUUGGGAGCACUCUACAGCAUUAAGGUCAUGAAUCGCCGAAGAAGAAAUGGCUUCAAAAGGCAUAAAAGGAAGCAGAAAGAAUUCAACAGCAUGCAAGACAGAGUGAUGCUGCUAGCGGACAGCUCGGAAGACGAAUUCUGAAUCGGACUUGGGUUUAAUGCAAUGACAUCAUUGUUUCAAUUUUUAUUUGAGGGCAAAAAGAAAAUAAAUAAAUGGCAACAAUAUCUCACCGCCUUGCUGCUACUGGGCCUCUGACCAGCCUUCGUCUCUGCUGGAGAGUAGAUUUUUCUUGUGCUGAGCAGUGAAGACGCCCUGUAUACGAAAUGUAGCAUGCAGUGUUCAGUUAUUCUGCAGUGUUUGCCCUCACCAAGGGCUGCAGUUCAGAAGCACAGAGCACACAUGUUCAGUAGGAGUAGCUGGGUUGGGUAAAGUAAAUACCUUGUAUUUUUUAAACCUUUUAGUCUCAGAUUUUAUUUUUUCGUCUUUUAGUCUCACUGUUCAUAAGAAAAAAAAUGCACUAAAAAUUGUACACUAAAGAGCCCUUAGCCUUAAUUUACGCUUGCUUUCUUAAAUACUGUUAGUCCAAUGGGUGUGAUGGAAGAUUCUUGUUUGCUUAUCAUUACAAAAUAUUCCAUUGGUAUAUUACUGAAAUUAACUGAGAAGGAAAGAAAAGGAUGACAUGAAGAUAAGGGUGUGUGGGCUUCCAGAGUGUUUGUCCCUGCUCCUUGGUUCUGUAUUCAUGUGGCAUUACUGUGGUAAGUCAGAGGAUCACUUUUCACGUCUACGAUCUCACUAUGGAAGGAGUGGGCCACCAGUGGACUUCUUUGGCUUUACUAGAAAAGACAGGCAUUCUUUGGUAGAAGGUGACCCAGUGGCCUGAGUCCUCAUGUGUAAAUAAGCUCUCGCUGUCACGCAUGUGGGAUGAUGAGCUAGUAGAUCCUUUCUCAUUUGUCUUGGAAUGCAAUUCCCUCUUCUACACCAAAUAACGCAUUCAAACACAAUGUUUGAAUCUGGGUAUUUGGGGAUUUUAGUGCAUUGCAUUGAGCAGUAUGGCUUGGGUCAGUUCCAAGGAUAGAUAAAGGUUACCAGUAGUGCUGUUACCAUGGAGAAUUUGUUCAUAGACAUUAAAGCCUAUUCUACUCAGACAGGGUCUAUUUGAUUACUCCUUGUAGCUUCUGGGUGGGAAAGAACAUAUAUUUUUUUCCAUUCUACUGAAGAUGGAACAUAAGCGGAGGAGAGAAAGAAUUAAUCAUCAGUUACAUCUGCGGACUCAGCAUGAGGACCACCUUAAACCCAAACUAUGUGCUGUAUUUUCAGUUCUGUGCCCUUUCCCCCAUGCUUUGAAAGAUACGAAUGAAUUUUUCCCACAGGUUCUUCCAUCCCACAUGGAUUUAUGUAUCAUUUCUAGAGAACGAAAAGAGAAAUGGAACCCAUUUUUGAAUGAUGGUUAGCUCUCUCUCUCUCUCUCUCUCUCUCUC